AUGGCAAGCAGGAAUGGAUGGAAGGAAUUAGUAUUACCAUGCAUAGCCAUGGUUGCUGUAGAGUGCUCCACUGUAAUUGCCACCAUUCUAAUCAAAGCUGCUUCUGUGAAAGGGAUGAGCUACCUCGUCUUCACUGCCUACUGUUAUAUUUUAGGAACCCUUGUUUUCCUCCUCUUAGUCUCCCUCUUUAAAAGAAAAUCAGUGCUCCCUCAAUUGAAGUUCCCUCUUUUUUCCAGAAUUUUCCUUAUUGGACUUUUUGGGUUUUCAGGUCAAUUAUGCAUGUACAAAGGCUUACAACUUACUUCCCCAACUCUGGCUUCAACCAUUAGCAAUCUCACACCAGCUUUUACCUUCAUACUUGCUGUCUUCUUCAGGAUUGAAAAAGUAGCACUUAGAAGUUCAAGCAGUCGAUGUAAAAUCAUGGGCACCUUUACAUCAAUAUGUGGUGCAUUAGUGAUUAUUUUUUAUAAGGGCCCCAAAGUUUUUUCAUUAUCAUCAUCUGCUAUACACCAAAGGCCUCUAGGGUUAAUGUCAUCUGAAUCAAAUUGGAUCAUUGGUGGCCUCCUACUAGCUGUUGCCUUUGUUCUUGUUUUGUUGGGGUAUAUUAUCCAGUCUCAAAUAAUGAAGAUUUACCCUGAAGAGGUUACUGUAAAUUUCUUUUACAACUUGUUCGGGACCAUUAUCUUUCUACCAAUUUGCUUCCUUGCUGAACCAAACUUAAGUUCCUGGAGACUAAGGGCUCCUUUGGUUUGUCAUUGCAUACCAGUGAGGUGCAGUUGGGGGGGGGAAUGGCAACAACCUCACGGUCACCCUUUGGUUCAACAUGCCGUCCGUUUGGUCAAGGUGAUGGUGGUGAUUGCUUCUGAGUUAACAUGCAUUUCUCCUUUUGCGAUUUUAACUAUUGUUGAUGAAUUGAGAUACACCAAUGCCGUGGAAACCUGUAGAAUCGCAUCAGUUGGAGAGCGGCUUCACCUAGGGUCGCUUACGCUUCUGUACCAUGGUUGGCACCAUGGUUGUGUUUCAGUGUCAGAAAGCAAUGAGAAUCAUCACUAA